GGAUGACUCAGUUACUAAACUGACUUAUGUCCAAAUCUCGACACCUGGAGCUGCUCCGAGUCAAACGCGUCCCCCCGGAUGUUAACGAGCACCUGUGAUUCUUCCUUUCCGCCUGUUUCUCCUCUCUCAUCCCUCCUUUUGAAUUAAUCACACGUCAAAUACCGCCGUCUAAACCCUGACGCUGGCGGCACGAGCUGUCAUUGACGUGAACGUGAAGGUUAUCGCGUUUAUUACCUCACUAUCAGCGCCAACGCAUCUUUACUACCUGAAUAUUACAUUUAAUCCCGUUUUUUCCCCCUCCACACCUAAAAUAAAGAAUCUCUCAAGCAUAGAGACACCUUUUCCGAUUCCAAGAACAUCCUAAACUGGGAUAAACCUUCAAAAAUUAAGCCUUACCAGUAAUAAUCCCACAAAUAUCAAUAAUAAUAAGAAUACAGUAAGGCAGACGUUAGGCAGAAACCGUUAGCGAUUUGAAUUUAAAUUUUUAACGGUCGCUCUCGUGCGCACGCGGCGUCAGAAACGCUCCGCAGCGGCUCGGUGUCGUGAGGCGGUGAAGCCGCGUCUCAGCCAUCGCCAGUGUGUCUCUGCGCUCCGGGACGCUGCAGCUGGAUGCAGGCGCAGCGCAUCAGUCCCGCAUCAACCCCGUCUCUGGCUUCCGCACGACUGUCUGCGCAGUUUUUAAUCCACUGCACCACGGAUCAUUUUGUGUAAACUCUGAGCACGCUUUGUUUGAGUUUUUUUGCUUUUUGCUUCUUUGCACUAAUUGGAAUUAGAAAACGAUGUGAUCAAAGGCUUUCAGCAUGAAUCCUCACUGCGCACGCUGCGGGAAAAUCGUCUACGCCACUGAGAAAGUGAACUGCCUGGACAAGUACUGGCACAAAGGAUGCUUCCACUGCGAGGUGUGCAAGAUGACACUGACCAUGAACAACUACAAAGGAUACGACAAGAAACCUUACUGCAAUUCGCAUUACCCAAAGCAGACGUUCACGAUCGUCGCAGACACGCCGGAGAACCUGCGACUGAGGCAGCAGAGCGAGCUGCAGAGUCAGGUGAAAUACAGGAAGGAUUUUGAAGAGAGUAAAGGCCAGGGGCUUCGAUUUCUUGUGGACACACCAGAAGUGGCGAGACUGAAGCAAGCUCAGGAUCAGAUUAGUAACGUUAAAUAUCAUAAGGAUUUCGACAUGCCAGGCCUGCACGGUGUCACUCAGGGCAUUAGAGGAACUUAUCUGGUGCGGGCACAGACGAGACCCGACCAUCAGGCGCUGCAGGGGAGCAGCGCCACACACAGAGGUGUGAAUCAGUACACCGUGGAGAUGGAGCGGAGGCCAGGAGUCAUUGUGGCCCCGGUGCUUCCUGGAGCUUAUUACCCGAGCGGCUAUAACCAGGGACACAGCUACAUGCAUCAGACCAGCAUGCACUCCCUCAGAUCCAUGCAGCUGCACUCGCAUCCAGCAGCCAUGAGUGUGUACAGGGCCCUGUAUGACUACACGGCUCAGGACUGUGACGAGGUCUCGUUCCGCGAUGGCGAUCUGAUCCACAACGUGUACUCCAUCGACGAGGGCUGGAUGUUCGGGACGGUGCAGAGGACGGGCCGCUCCGGCAUGCUGCCUGCUAACUACGUGGAGGGCAUCCGCUAAGCUGCGCUAGUUCACGCGGUGUCUGAUUAACCCUGCUCAGUGGAGAGUGUGUUGGGACCAAGAACAUGUAAAUAGACAGAAUUAGGCCUCUAUUUUAGUAGUACGUUUUUCCUACACUGUGUAGUAUUACAUUAGCGAGCGCAUGUUAUGGGUUUUGUACUCAGGUUAAAGUAUAUGGUUUGUAACUUUUAUAGUUGAAGUAUUACAGCAAUAAGGUCCAUCUACAUAUACAGUAUGAGAGCAGGUCUGAGUGGGUGUGGCUUUUCAAAUAGAUGGAGAAUACGGGCAUGUCUUUUGUGCCCAUAUAUGGGAAGUCUACAUACAGGAAGAAGAAAGGUUUUCUUUUUCUUCCUGUCUGUAGAUGUCCAAUACUCAAUACUUUUUUGUCUUUUUCAAAAAUUCAUAUAAUAAUAAAUAAAUUAUCACAGUCUUCACUGCUUACUCAAACAUAUUAGUCCAUACACAGCCAUAAGGACACAUCUACUUAUCUCCAUACAGAUCAUUUUUAAUAAUAAAAUAAAAAAAAAAACAUAUAUUUUAUAUUCCAGGAAGCCCAUACUUAUUAUAGUAGGAUUUUAAUUUGUCUUUAUUUUACAUCUUACUUCAUUUUGUGUGAUAAAGUAAAUUGUCAUAAAAUGAAGUUUUAUAACUGAAAUUUUAUCCAAAACAAUGCAAUACAAAAUAACGUCUUUGUAGCAUGCACUGUAUUUGUAUCCUCGGAAAUGUAAUAAUACACCGGAUU